GAUUUUAUGAUGCAGCAGACUAUGCUGCGGGUUAAAGAUCCAGUUAAAUCCUUGGAUUUCUACACCAGAAUCCUCGGUAUGACGCUCCUGCAAAAGUUUGACUUCCCCUCCAUGCGUUUCUCUCUCUUCUUCUUGGGCUACGAGGACAAGAAGGAGAUUCCUAGAGACGUGAAGGAGAAGACGGCCUGGGUAUUUUCCAGAAGAGCCACCAUUGAACUGACACAUAACUGGGGCUCUGAGUCUGACGAGAGGCCGUCAGUUGCCAGAAGUCCCUCUGAGUGGACCUAAAUGAGUGAAUGGAUA